AUGGCGUCCCUUCGGCUCACAGUCCCGCGAGCGACUUUGACACUCCACUCAAAACAACUCCAGCAGCGUCUCCUCUUCCCAGCACUCCGCCAAGCAUCCAACACCACCCCUCCACCUAAGCCCCGUUUACUCGAGAAGCCUGAAAGAUUCAACCCACCUUCUCAUGGCGCCCGUCUGCGUACCAACAAGCCCAAAUACUACGGCCCCGCCUUGAGCGAGCAUGAGCGAACAGCGCAAAAGACGCGGCGGUAUCCGCACAUGAUGCCUCCGGAAGGAAGCUUCAUGCAUUGGUUCUUGACGGACCGGAGUAUACAUCUCUACAUCAGCUUGGGCAUCCUGGUCACCCUCGUAGGCGCAAUCUGGUAUCAAGACUUCAUCUCCAAGACUCCCUACCGCGAUCUCCUACCACCCAACAGCCUCCUCCUCUCCCACCCCAUCUCAUUCCUCUCUCGCUGGGCGGAGGUAUACCAAAUGCACGUCGCACAUCUCUCAGCGGAGACGGCGGAGCGGAGGAGGCAGAAGACGGAUGAUGUGAAGAAGCGGGCAGAGUACCGCAAGGCGCACGGGUUGGACGACAAGGAGGGCUUGUUUUCGGGCUGGACGUUGAGGUCUGAAUCGGAGCCGGCGCCGACCGUUAUGACGCCGGAUGUCGCUGUGGUCGCGAAUCCGGUUCCGCCCGAUGUGGAGACAGCGACAGCGACAACGGUGGAGGGAGGGGCGACGUAUAUUGAUUUUGAGGGCAAGACGCAUACGAUGCCGGCUAGGAAGAAGUGGUUCGGCAUAUGGUGA